AUGACACAGUUGGUCACCAGUGGGAACUCGACUAUGGUGACUGGGUUCCUCUUCUCUGUGUUCCCACAUCUACAUGAAGGUGGCCUCUUAUUCUUUAUUGCCUUGCUUCUCAUCUACUGAUUCAUUGUAACUGGGAACUUGAUAAUAUUCAUCGUCGUCCAGCUGGACAGGGCCCUGCACACCCCCAUGUAUUUCUUCAUCAGUGUCCUCUCUUUCCUGGAGAUCUGGUAUACCACCACCACCAUCCCCAAGAUGCUCUCCAGCCUAAUUAGCAAGCAGAAGACCAUCUCGUUGCCUGGCUGCCUCCUACAGAUGUAUUUCUUCCACUCCCUGGGCAUCACAGAAGGCUGUGUCCUGACAGCAAUGGCCAUUGACAGGUACAUCGCUAUCUGUAGUCCUCUCCGUUACCCAACCAUCAUGACUCCUAAGCUCUGUGCCCAACUGACAGCUGGGUCCUGCCUCUGCGGCUUCCUUCUUGUGCUUCCUGAGAUUGUGUGGAUUGCCACCCUGCCUUUCUGUGGCUCCAACCAGAUCCAGCAGAUCUUCUGUGACUUUACACCCGUGCUGAGCUUGGCCUGCACGGACACGUCACUGGUGGUCAUUGUAGACGCCAUCCACGCAGGGGAAAUCGUGGCCUCCUUCCUGGCCAUCGCCUUGUCCUACAUCCGGAUCAUCGUGGUGAUUCUGGGGAUGCCGUCAGCUGAGGGCCGCCACAAGGCCUUUUCUACCUGUGCUGCCCACCUUGUUGUGUUCUUGCUGUUUUUUGGCAGUGUGGCCGUCAUGUACCUACGAUUCUCAGCCACCUACUCCGUCUUUUGGGACACAGCAAUUGCUAUCACCUUUGUCAUCCUUGCUCCCUUCCUGAACCCCAUUAUCUACAGCCUGAGAAACAAUGACAUGAAAGAUGCCAUUGGAAGGCUUUUCCAUUGUCGGAGAAGAUUGUUCCAUCUACCAGGGUCUCGAUUUCCAAUUUUAUGA